UCGGGGAUGGUCAAAGAAAUUAGAGCAAUAGUGGGUUUUUUUAGGGUUAGAUUUUACUCAAACUUGGGAAUCCAGAAUUAAACGAGCUCUCCCAUCAUGAUUAAGAUGGCAUAAUCCCGUUGUCUAGGCACGACCAAAUUUGACGGACGAAUUGUUCAAGCGGAGGGUGAAGCCAUGUCAGUGGCGCAAUUUUUGUUCUGUGAUUUGUUUAGUUGCUCACAAGCCGUUCGAUAAAAUUCCUGAACCAUCCAUAUACGAGGGAAAACACCCACAUUGGACAUGCUGUUAUGUGACAUGGCAUGCACAACACAGUGAUGAAGUUAUUUGUCUUUCCUCCUUCAAUGUAGCCUCACAUUGCUCUCCUCCAUUUCUUAGCAAAGGACCUCCUUUCAGAGCCACCAAAUUCGCUAGUUUUUGCAUUGACCCAAUUUCUUCUCUCUCUUCAAUCUCUCCUCCUACACUCGCCACUGUCUGCCUCCUUUGACCUCCUCUUUUGUUAUCGAAAGGUUUUCUUGCAUAUUCAUUCAGACGUCAUCAUUCACUCAGUUCUAUGUUAUUGAAGUAUGGAAAGGAUCAUUGUUUCUAAGAAUGCAUUGUGAUCCUAUUUACAUGUGCAAUUGGAAAUGAUGCCAUGUUAAUCACUGUUGGCACUGCGAUAAUUCAGAGGCCCGUCGAAUGAGAGAGAUGCUAAGGAUAGUUAUUUUAGGUUUCCUGGAUGGUGUUCCUUGAGUUUGUCAUUGGAAGAGCCUCAGGUUUUCGAAAUGACUAGGGAGAGCAUUAAAGUUUGUUGGGAACUACAUGUUCUCCUACUAUCAGUAAUUCUAACAAGUCUUUUGCCAUAUGCAUGGUGCAUGGAUGGGGAUGAUUACAGUCAAACAGGUAACGCGGCUUUGCUGCCUGCAGUCACAAAGCUCAUCUACAGCCGGCUUUCAAAUCUCACAACAACAUUAACCGAUGAUAUCGUUCAUAACUUGGGCUUUUGCGUAAAGAAUGUAAAUGCUGAUUGGAAUGGGGCGUUCAAUUUUUCUGGAAAUUUGGAAUUUUUGACCAACUGUAUCAAAAAAGCAAAAGGAGAUGUCACACAACGACUAUGUACAGCAGCUGAAAUCAAAUUCUAUUUCAAUAGCUUAUUUGACAAAGAGACUAAAGAAACCAAUUACAUGAAACCGAAUAGGAACUGCAAUUUGACUUCGUGGGUUUCUGGAUGUGAACCUGGAUGGGGAUGUAGUGCUAACGAAAUUCAGAAUAUUGAACUCAAGAAUUCACGGGACAUUCCUCUCCGGACUCGUGACUGUCAACCUUGCUGUGAAGGCUUCUUCUGCCCUCAGGGGCUCACUUGCAUGAUACCUUGCCCAUUAGGUGCUUAUUGUCCCCUGGCAAAACUUAAUCAAACAACUGGAAUGUGUGACCCAUACAGUUACCAAAUUCCUUCAGGACAACCAAAUCAUACUUGUGGCAGUGCAGAUAUCUGGGCUGAUGCUGAUAGUAGUGGUGACAUCUUUUGUUCUCCAGGAUCUUACUGCCCAACUACCACAAACAAGGUUCCAUGUAGUAGUGGGCAUUACUGCAGGAUGGGUUCUACUUCUCAAAAAUUGUGCUUCCAGCUGGCUACCUGUGACCCUAAUACUGCAAACCAGAAUAUCCGUGCGUAUGGGGUCAUCCUCAUUGCGUCAUUGAGUACUCUGUUGAUCAUCAUUUAUAACUGUUCUGACCAAGUCCUCUCCACCCGGGAAAGGAGACAAGCUAAGCGCAGGGAAGCUGCAGCAAGACAAGCACGAGAAACCACACAAGUGCGGGAACGGUGGAAAUCAGCAAAAAAUGUUGCCAAGAAAGGUGCAGUUGGGUUGCAACAACAAUUUUCCCGGACGUUUUCUUGCAAAAAAUCCACGAGGCAAUCUAUGUUACCACCCAUGCCUUCAGGUUCUUCAAGCACAUCUGAGCCAUCCUCUGCUGCUGCAAAAACAAAUAAAAAAGAACCAAGCAGCCUCACAAAGAUGAUUCAUUCCCUUGAGGAUGAUCCCAACAGUCAUGAUGGCUUUAAUUUGGAGAUUGGAGAUAAAAACAUCAAAAGACAACAAAUGCCAAAAGGUAAACAAUUACAUACUCACAGCCAAAUCUUUAAGUAUGCAUAUGGUCAACUUGAGAAGGAGAAAGCUCAGGACAACAAAAAUUUGACCUUUUCGGGAGUGAUUUCUAUGGCUACGGAUGUUGAUAUUAAGACCAGGCCUGUGAUUGAGGUUGCUUUUAAGGAUCUAACCCUAACCUUGAAAGGAAAAAAGAAGCAUCUCCUGAGGUGCGUCACUGGAAAAAUCAUGCCUGGUCGAGUUUCUGCUGUUAUGGGUCCAUCGGGAGCUGGCAAAACAACGUUUCUUUCUGCUUUGGCAGGAAAAGCAACAGGAUGCACUAUGCAGGGACUAAUUCUCGUAAAUGGGAAAUCUGAAUCCAUCCUCUCAUAUAAAAAGAUAAUUGGUUUUGUACCACAAGAUGAUAUUGUACAUGGAAACUUGACUGUGGAGGAGAAUCUCCGAUUCAACGCAAGGUGCAGACUAUCCGCUGACUUGCCUAAGGCAGACAAAGUUCUGGUUGUUGAAAGAGUUAUUGAAUCUUUGGGGCUACAGGCAAUCAGGGAUUCUUUGGUCGGAACUGUGGAGAAGCGAGGAAUUUCUGGAGGUCAGAGGAAACGUGUAAAUGUUGGGCUAGAAAUGGUCAUCGAACCUUCCCUGUUGAUUUUAGAUGAGCCGACAACUGGUUUAGACAGUGCAUCUUCACAGUUACUUCUUAAAGCACUUCGACGUGAAGCUCUUGAAGGGGUAAAUGUGUGCAUGGUUCUCCACCAGCCUAGCUUUGCCCUGUUCAAGAUGUUUGACGACUUGAUACUUCUAGCCAAAGGAGGUUUUACCGUGUAUCAUGGAUCUGUAAAGAAAGUUGAAGAAUACUUUAAUGGCCUGGGCAUCAGUGUGCCUGAGCGUGUUACUCCUCCAGAUCACUUCAUUGACAUUCUGGAGGGCAUAGAAAAACCAGCAAACAUAACCCGUGAACAGCUUCCUCUCAGAUGGAUGAUACACAAUAGUUACCCAAUCCCCCCUGAUAUGCUGAAAGAUGCGGAUGCCCUUGCUACAUCCUCAACAAGCACCGGCGGAAAUCUUGGAAGAGAUUCUAGUAUUGGAGGUACAGAACAAUCUUUUGCUGGAGAUUUGUGGGAGGAUGUAAAGAGUAGUGUUGAGGUGAAGGGAGAUUAUAUAAAGCACAACUUCUUAAAGUCUAAGGACUUUUCUGACCGAAGAACUCCUGGAUUAGGCCAUCAAUACAGAUAUUUCAUUGGAAGGGUUGGUAAGCAGCGACUAAGAGAAGUCAGAAUGCAAGCAGUUGAUUAUCUUAUUUUGUUGCUUGCUGGCGCUUGCUUAGGGACUCUUGCCAAAGUGAACGAUGAGUCAUUUGGUUCGCUUGGCUAUACUUUCACCGUGAUUGCAGUUUCGUUACUGUGCAAGAUCACUGCUUUAAGAACAUUUUCCUUGGACAAAUUACACUACUGGAGAGAGAGUGCUGCUGGGAUCAGCAGUCUGGCUUAUUUCCUGUCCAAAGAUACAGUUGACCAUUUCAAUACAGUCAUCAAGCCACUGGUGUAUUUAUCCAUGUUCUAUUUCUUCAACAAUCCUAGAUCUUCCUUCCAAGACAAUUAUCUUGUUUUGGUUUGCCUGGUAUACUGCGUGACUGGCAUAGCAUAUGUAUUCGCCAUCUACUUUGCACCUAGUCCCGCCCAACUUUGGUCAGUGCUUCUUCCUGUUGUUUUGACUCUCGUUGCAAACCAGGACAAAGAGAGUAAAAUUAUGAAGUAUUUUGGAAACUUCUGCUACCCAAAGUGGGCUUUGGAAGCUUUCAUGAUUGCAAAUGCUGAAAGGUACUCCGGAGUAUGGCUGAUAACCCGCUGUGGCUCAUUGAUGUCAAACGGAUAUGAUCUUGAUGAUUGGUUUCCUAGUGUAUUAUUUCUUAUUAUUAUGGGCAUAAUCAGUCGUAUAGUAGCUUUCAUGUGCUUGGUGAGCUCCCAAAAGAAGUGAAUUUGAGAAUUCUGUUCUUGCUCCCUUUCUGAUGUACAGAUUAUAAAUAUUCAGUUUUGAUACCUUUGUAACAUUGUAAGACUGUUAUCAUUCAGCUAUUCAAAGUAAUAAUAAGAAGCCUGUUUUGACAAUGGGGCUUCUUGAGUCA